GCUUGUUUUUGUUAGUUUUUACCCUAUUCCUCCCCUCCUCCACCUCUCCCUCCCUCUUUCCACUCUUGCCUCAAGUUGGACGUGUAAAUAUUUUGUUGUCGAAGUUGCAAGGAGUUCUUCAUCAAUACAAUGUCAUCGUCUAGAAGACCGGAGCAUUUAGCUCCUCCAGAAGUGUUUUACAAUGACGAUGAAGCGAAGAAAUACUCUCAAAACACACGAAUUAUUGAAAUUCAAGAGCAAAUGAGCGAGCGCGCCCUGGAGCUCUUAUUGCUUCCCGAAGAUGAGCCCUGCUAUGUGUUAGACAUUGGCUGUGGGUCAGGGUUGAGUGGAUCUGUUCUUGACGAACAAGGUCAUGUUUGGCUUGGCAUCGACAUAUCGCCUGCUAUGCUUGAUGUCGCUCAAGACCGUGAAGUUGAAGGAGACCUAAUUCUUGGUGACAUGGGAGAGGGCAUGCCAUUUCAAGCUGGCAUUUUUGAUGGGGCUAUCAGUAUUAGUGCUUUGCAAUGGUUGUGCAAUGCUGAUAAAACAUCCCACAACCCAGUGAAGAGGCUGUAUAAAUUCUUUAGUACAUUAAAUGCCUGUUUGAGUAGAACGGCUCGCGCUGUUUUCCAAUUUUACCCUGAAAACUCUAACCAAGUUGAGUUAAUCACAACUCAAGCAAUGAAAGCUGGUUUCUAUGGUGGUGUUGUUGUUGAUUAUCCUAACAGUACCAAGGCUAAAAAGUUCUUUUUAGUCCUCAUGACUGGUGGGAACAUGCCUCUUCCAGAAGCACUUGGGACAGAAGGAGGUUCAAAUACUGUUGCCUACAGUAAAAAGAGGGAGCAACUGAAUAAAGCUCGAAAUGCUCGAGGAAAGCCCCUCAAGAACUCCAGAGAGUGGAUUCAAGAAAAGAAAGAGAGGAGAAGGCGACAAGGGUUAGAGACACGUCCUGAUUCUAAGUAUACGGGUCGUAAGCGUAGAGUGAAGUUCUAGAUUUUGUCUUCUGUGGACUCCAGUUCAUGGCUGUUAAAAACAUAAUAUGAUAUAUAUUUACUCUAACUAGGAAUUGUAAAUAUUUGUAAUAAGGACAGCAAUUAAUUUAAAAAAUCGUUGUAAACAGAUAUAUUUUCGAAACGUUUAUAUAUUUACGUAUGUCAAAAUUUUCAAAAACAGGACUAUAGCAGUAAAUUCAAAUAAAGAGAUCUAGUGAA